AUGGCUACAGAGUUUGACUCUUACAGUGAGCGAAAGGCUUUCGAUGAGACAAAGGCAGGCGUGAAAGGCCUCGUCGAUGCUCAAAUCACUGAAAUUCCUCGCAUCUUCCACGACCCGUUGGGUACCUUGAACGACAAGAAAGCCCCUGUUUCUUCCCCGGAUUUCGCAAUCCCUGUCAUCGACUUUACAGGCGUUCACGGGGACGCUGCGUCGCGUGAAGCCGUCGUGAAGAAGGUCAAAGACGCUGCGGAGAAUUGGGGAUUUUUCCAGGUGAUCAACCAUGGUGUUCCUUUAAGAGUUCUUGACGAGAUCAAAGAUGGAGUUCGUAAGUUCCAUGAGGAAGAUAUCGAGGUCAAGAAAGCUUACUUCUCCCGCGACUUCAGCAAGAAAUUUGUCUACCACAGCAAUUUCAAUCUGUAUAGUUCGUCGACUAUCAACUGGAGAGACACCUUUGGUAUUUACAUGGACCCAAGUCCUCCAAAGCCUGAAGAGAUCCCAGAGGCCUGCAGGGAUAGUGUGCUUGAAUACUCGAAGCAUGUGAUGAGCUUAGGUGGAUUACUCUUUGAACUGUUCUCAGAAGCGCUUGGUUUGAGCCCUGAUACCCUUAAGAGCAAGGGUGUCAUGAAGGGUGUGCUUAUGCUCAGCCAUUACUACCCUCCCUGUCCACAACCUAAACUAACGUUGGGAACAAGUAAGCAUUCCGACAACUCCUUCGUCACUGUUCUUCUUCAGGACCAGAUUGGUGGUCUUCAAGUUCUUCAUGAGGACUGUUGGGUUGAUGUCACGCCUACUCCUGGGGCACUCCUGGUAACGAACGACAAGUUCAUAAGCGUGCAGCAUAGGGUGCUUGCAAACAAAGCUGGACCGAGGAUUUCAGUCGCGAGCUUUUUCAGCACGAGUAUGCAUCCAAAUCCCACAGUUUACGGACCGAUGAAAGAGAUUUUGUCUGAAGAGAACCCUGCAAAAUACAGAGACUUCACCAUACCUGAGUAUUCAGCCGGAUACUUAAAACAAGACAUCAAUGACGAAUCGCACCUGUCCCAUUUCAAGAUAUGA